AUGCAGGAGAGAUGUCAUGCCCACGGCUGGACCUACACCCCACAAGGAGGCGCACUAGCAGCAGCAGGAGCAGGAGUAGUUGAUAACGACUCUGAUGCCAUGACGGGUCCUGCUCGCGAGGGCAAGGUGUACGAUGCUGUGAUUUUCAGUGUCGAGCUGGAUAUGCUGGAGAUCCGGAUGAGGGAGCUGUACGAUGUGGUUGACCACUUUGUGAUCCUUGAGUCGAGCCGAACCUUUACAGGAAUCCCCAAGCCUGCCGUCUUUCAGGAGAACCGGGAGCGGUACUCGUUCGCCGAGGACAAGAUCAUCUACAAGCUGGUCCCCUUGAGAGAACUGGUGCCUGGAGAGGCGCCAUAG